AUGGCGCUUCCGUCUCGUGCACCAAGUCGGGUAAUCAUUAUCGGAGGUGGAGUCUCCGGGAUAGCAAUGGCAUGUCGACUCAAAACGGAUUAUUGUCUUCAUGAUAUUUGCAUAUAUGAUCGACAGGACGGACUUGGAGGAGCAUGGUGGGCUAACACCUACCCGGGCUGUGCCGUGGAUAUUCCGGGAUUCUGCUACAGCUUUUCCUUUGCCCCAAAUCCUGACUUCACCAAACUUUUUCCUUCACAAGUUGAGGUCUUGGAUUAUCUGUCGACUGUCGUCAAACAAUAUGGCAUUGAUGAGAAUUUCAUUGGAGGAAUAGAAUGGGUUGAUGCUUCUUGGAAUGAGAAAAUACAAACUUGGCUAGUCACAUUACGAGACAUACAGAAAGAUAUGUUGUUCACACAAGAAUGUCAGACUCUGAUAUCCGCAGUUGGCGGGUUGGUCAACCCACAAGAACUGAGGAUACCUGGUGUUGAGCAAUUCCAAGGAAAUAUUAUUCACACAGCCCGAUGGGAUGCAACAGUCGACCUCGCCAACAAAAAUGUGGCAGUCAUAGGGAACGGGGGUGAGGAAUCCGCUCCAUCUUACUUUACCUCAGCUAACGUUCAGCAACAUGCAGCUUCGGCAAUACAACUCGUUCCCGAGGUCUUGAAAGAAGCACGUUCUGUUACGCAAUUUGCGAGACUUCUUCAGACCCCCCAUCAUAUUGUCGAGGGAAAUAAUUAUGAUAUAUCACCGGAAUGGAGAGAGACCUUCCGUAGUUUUCCACUGUUGCUCUAUCUGAUUCGCCUUGUGCUUUUCCUCUAUAUGGAGAUCACUUGGCUUCACUUCCAAAACAAUCGAUUAGGUAGGAUUGGCCGGGCUUCAGUGGCAAAAAAGAGCCGAGAAUAUGUUCAAAACGCAGCACCAGAGUCAUAUUGGGAUCUUUUGAUUCCUAAAUACGAGUUUGGAUGCAAGAGACGGAUUUUCGACCGUGGAUACCUGGCUUCUCUCCGACAGAGUAACAUGCGCCUUACAGAUGACCCAAUCGUGGAAAUCACUGCUAAUUCAGUUAUUACUCGGUCUGGAGAGGAGCUGUUUGUUGACACAAUUCUACUGGCAAAUGGAUUUGCUCUCACGCACUAUGACACUAAUUUGAAAGGUCGGAAGGGAAUCACACGCCAGCAACACUGGGAGGAAUAUGGCCACAAAGCAACCUUCAAAACAAUUGCUAUGCAUGGAUUUCCUAACUUCUUCUACAUUCUGGGUCCUAAUUCUGGGCGACUUUACACAUCCACAAUUCAGAUCAUUGAAAGUCAAGUGGGAGUGGUCACCGACCUCAUGAAACCCAUUCUACUGAAACAGGCUUCAUCAGUCGAGGUCAGAGCGGACAGCCAGCGAGAGUUUGACAUACAACUGCACGAAGCCAUUGACAAGACUGUGCAUAGCACCUCCUGCGGAAGUUAUUUUAUUGAUAAAGGAACCGAAAAGAAUUGGUUUGUUUACCCUUGGAAUACAAUCCACUUGUGGCUGUCGACGGUGUGGAGUCCUUCCAGUGAUUGGAAUUACCGAGCUUUGUAG